AAUGCACUGAUGAAUGGGCAUGCAAUCAGUGAUGAAGCAGUGAUAAGUAGGAUGGCAAUGGCAGCAGUGACUGUGGUAAUGAUACUGAGUGUGAUUGUAUAUGUGAAGUGUGCAAAUAAGCCAGUGUGGUAUGACAGAUUGAUGAUAGGAGGAAGUGUAGUGAUGGCGCUGGUAAGAGUAUUGAUGGGUGUGUAUGAGGGCAUAUGUGAGGGUGUGAAUAUGAAUGAGUGUGUGAGAGUGAGAGUGAGAGUGAGAAUGAUGGCAGUGAUGAUUGCAGUGAUGAUGGCAAUAGCGAGUGUAGUAGCGGUUAUUAAUGGUGGGAAUGAGAAGAAUGAUGGAGUAUAUGUAAGUAAGAAUGCAGGUAGAAUAGCGAAGAAUGUAAUUGUUGUGGUGAGCACGUGUGUAAUGGCAAUUACAGAAUGGGUAGUACAGCGGAUGGGUGUCGAUGUGGAUGUGAGUAAUGAAGUCAACAAUGAAAUGCUGCAGUAG